CAGCUGUAACCCGCAAUUCUCGCUAUCCCCUGCAAAGAAGGAAAUCUCUUCCUCUCUUAAAAAUCUAAAAUUAGCUUCUUUGGGUCGAUAAAUAUCAACACAAAUGGUAGCUUCAGCUCUUUCUUCUUAUCUGAGUCUUUCUCUAUCUACUCCAACCAGACCCACUUCUCUUUCAUCCCUUUCUCCGAGCUCGAGGAGGUUGACUGUAUCUUCAUUGGCAUCCCCUUAUGGAGACUAUUCUACAAUGGGGUUAUCUAGUAGAACUUCUGGGCUACCUAUGAAGGUCAACAAGAAGGGCUUCCAUGAAUCCAAUCCAAGCUAUGAUGCAAUACAAUCUAAAACGAGGAAUCCAUCUGUGAUGCCAGCAGUAAUGACUCCAGGAGGGCCUUUGGACGUUUCAACUGUGUUAUUCCGGAAUCGUAUCAUCUUUAUUGGACAACCAGUCAAUUCACAGGUUGCUCAAAGAGUUAUAUCACAGCUUGUGACCCUGGCAGCUAUUGAUGAGGAUGCGGAUAUUUUGGUGUAUUUGAACUGCCCUGGGGGAAGCACCUAUUCAGUGUUGGCAAUCUAUGAUUGCAUGUCUUGGAUAAAGCCAAAGGUGGGCACAGUUUGUUUCGGAGUAGCUGCAAGCCAAGGUGCACUCCUCCUUGCUGGUGGAGAGAAGGGGAUGCGUUAUGCAAUACCAAAUGCACGUAUAAUGAUACACCAACCGCAAAGUGGAUGUGGGGGUCAUGUUGAAGAUGUUAGACGUCAAGUGAAUGAAGCAGUUCAAUCUCGCCAUAAAAUCGACAGAAUGUAUGCAGCAUUCGCCGGCCAACCACUUGAAAAAGUGCAACAAUUCACAGAAUAUUGAACUCAGGUUGGGCUUUAAGUUCCUCCAUUGCUAACCUUGAGAUUUUAGAGCUUACUUUCACAGUUAAUGAAGAUGAUACAAGUCUCAAAUUGGGUUUGUAAUGUUAGUGGGUAUAUGAGAAAUAGACUUGGUUAAUAAAUAGGUUGGACCAGUGGCUAAGAUGUUUGUGUAUCAGUUGUGAGGCAGCGUGAUGCGAAGUUAUGU